AUGCCAACACACCAACACACCAGCACAACAACAUACCAUCUCACCAACACACAAGCACAAAAACAUAUCAUUACACCAACACACCAGCAUAACAACAUAUCGAUACACCAACAAACCAGCACAACAACAUGCCAACACACCAACACACCAGCACAACAACAUGCCAACACACCAACACACCAGCACACAAUAACAUGCCAACACACCAACACACCAGCACACAACAACAUGCCAACACACCAACACACCAGCACAACAACAUGCCAACACACCAACACACCAACACACCAGCACAACAACAUGCCAACACACCAACACACCAGCACAACAACAUGCCAACACACCAACACAAAGCACAACAACUUGUCGAAACACCAGCACAACAACAUGCCAACACACCAACACACACGCACAACAACUUGUCAACACACCAGUACACCUGCAGAACAACAUGUCAACACACCAACACACCAGCACAACAACAUGUCAACACAAACACACCAGAACAACAACAUGCCAACACACCAGCACAUCAACAUGCCAACACACCAACACACCAGCACAACAACAUGCCAUCUCACCAACACACCAGCACAACAACAUGCCAACACACCAACACAAAGCACAACAACUUGUCGAAACACCAGCACAACAACAUGCCAACACACCAACACACACGCACAACAACUUGUCAACACACCAGUACACCUGCAGAACAACAUGUCAACACACCAACACACCAGCACAACAACAUGUCAACACAAACACACCAGAACAACAACAUGCCAACACACCAGCACAUCAACAUGCCAACACACCAACACACCAGCACAACAACAUGCCAUCUCACCAACACACCAGCACAACAACAUGCCAUCACACCAGCACAACAACAUGCCAUCUCACCAACACACCAACACAACAACACAACAACAUGCCAACACACCAACACACCCGUACAACAACAUGCCAUCUCACCAACACACCAGCACAACAACACACCAGCACACCAACACAACUGCACAACAACACACCUGCACAACAACAUGCCAACACAUCAACAUACCUGCACAGCAACAUGCCAUCACACCAACACACCUGCACAACAACAUGCCUACACACCAUCACACCUGCACAACAACAUGCCAACACACCAACACGCCUGUACAACAACAUGCCCACACACCAACACACCUGCAGAACAACAUGUCAACACACCUGAACAACAACAUGCCAACACGCCAACACACCUGUACAACAACAUGCCAACACACCAGCAAACCUGCAAAACAACAUGCAAACACACCUGUACAACAACAUGCCAACACACCAACACACCAGCACAACAACAUGCCAACACACCAACACACCUGCACAACAACAUCCAACAUACCAUCACACCUGCACAACAACAUGCCAACACACCUGCACAACAACAUGCCCAUACACCAACAUACCUGCAAAACAACAUGCCAUAACACCUGUACAACAACAUGCCAACAUACCAUCACACCUGCACAACAACAUGCCAACACACCAACAAACCAGCAUAACAACAUGGCGACACAGCAACACACCUGCACAACAACAUGCCAACACACCAACACACCUGUACAACAACAUGCCAACACACCAGCACACCUGCAAAACAACAUGCCAUCUCACCAACACACCUGCACAACAACAUGCAAGCACACCAACACACCUGCAAAACAACGUGUCAACACACCAGCAUACCAACAUGUCGACACACCAGCAUACCAACAUGUCGACACUUCAGCAUAA